AUAUUCAGAAGAUUAUUAUCUUCACAUAGUCACAAGACUGCAGAACUGCACCUGGAUAAGGAGGCCAGAAGAAUCCACAAAAUUCAGGUCAGAAUUAACUUCCUGCUGUGAUGCAGUUCACAAUUUUAUUGCUUCUCAAAACAACACCCCUCUGGGAAGUAACAUGAGUUAUGAAGUGGACAGUAAAAAGACCAUCCACAUUACAGAGGACAUUUUUAAGAUGCUGCCUGUGUCCUCUCCUCUUUCAGCCUAUCCUUUCAAGACCUGUGCUGUGGUUGGAAAUGGAGGCAUUCUGAAAAAUUCCAGCUGCGGAGCCGAAAUCGAUCGUUCUGACUUUGUGUUUAGGUGUAACCUUCCUCCAACCACAGGAAGCAUCAGCAAAGAUGUUGGCAAUAAAACAAACCUUGUGACUGUUAAUCCGAGUAUCAUAGCUCAGAAAUACAACAAACUAAAUGAGAAAAAGACAGAAUUUCUGGAGAACAUUGCAGUCUAUGGAGAUGCUUUACUUUUAUUGCCAGCAUUUUCCUUCAGAAGCAACACAGCCACUUCUUUCAAAGUAUAUCACACUCUGCAAGAGUUCAAAGCAACCCAAAGGGCAAUAUUUUUUCACCCUGCUUAUCUGAAAAGUCUUGCCCAGUUUUGGAGAACUAAGGGUGUGAAGGCCUACAGGUUGUCAUCUGGUUUUAUGAUCACUAGUGCUGCUCUUGAGCUGUGUGAGAAUGUGAAGCUCUAUGGCUUCUGGCCUUUCUCAAAAUCCACAGAGAAUAUGCCAAUCAGCCACCACUAUUACGACAACCAACUGCCCAAACCAGGUUUCCAUGCAAUGCCCAAAGAAUAUAACCAGAUCCUCCAGCUUCACGGCAAAGGCAUUUUGAAGUUGCAGUUUGGUAAAUGUGAAUCAGACUAA